UGAGUUUGGACUGAGAUUGUAAAGCGCUUGGAUUCUGAUAAAGAUUAGAGAGAGGGGGAGAAAGAGAGGGAGAGGGCGAGAGAGAGAGAGAGAGAGAGAGGAAUAGUCGUAUUCUGGAUCAUGGCUCCUCUCGGAUUGAAAGCGAUUGUCGGAGAAAAAAUUAUGAACGAUGUCAUCAAGAAGGUGAAAACUAAAGGAGAAUGGAAGGUGCUGGUGGUGGACAAAUUGAGCAUGAGAAUGGUUUCAUCCUGCUGCAAAAUGACUGAUAUUAUGUCUGAAGGAAUCACGAUUGUUGAGGACAUCACUAAACGGCGUGAACCCCUUCCCACUAUGGAGGCGAUUUUUCUCUUAACUCCAUCUGAUGAGUCUGUAGAGGGGCUCAUUAAUGAUUUCCGAGAUCCCAGUGCUCCAGCAUACAGAGGAGCUCAUGUGUUCUUCACAGAUGCGAUCCCAGACUCAUUGUUUAGCCUCCUUACCAAAUCCCGUGCAGCCAAAGUGAUAAAGACUUUGACCGAGAUUAACGCCGCCUUCCUGCCCUAUGAGUCACAGGUAUUUUCCUUGGACAGAUUCAAUGCCUUUCAGGACUUUUACAGCCCGUUUAAAACAGAUGUAAAAAAUCAGAUGCUGGAGCGUUUGGCUGAGCAGAUUGCCACCCUCUGUGCCACUCUGAAAGAAUAUCCAGCUGUCAGAUACAGAGGAGAGUAUAAAGAUAGUGCCGUUCUGGCACAGAUGCUCCAGGAUAAGCUGGAUGGCUAUAAGGCAGAUGAUCCCACUAUGGGUGAGGGACCAGAUAAGGCCCGUUCUCAGCUGCUGAUUCUAGACAGGGGAUUUGAUCCUGUCUCUCCAGUGCUACACGAGCUCACCUUUCAGGCAAUGGCCUAUGACCUGCUACCCAUCGAAAACGAUGUCUACAAAUACGAGACAACUGGAAUGGGAGACACGCGUAUCAAGGAAGUGUUGCUGGAUGAGGAUGAUGACCUGUGGGUCACGCUCAGGCACAAACACAUUGCUGAAGUCUCCACGGCCGUGACAAAAUCACUAAAGGAGUUCUCUUCUAGUAAAAAGAUGAACACAGGAGAGAAGACCACGCUCAAGGAGCUGAGCCAGAUGCUGAAGAAGAUGCCACAGUAUCAGAAGGAACUGAGCAAGUACUCUACUCACCUCCACUUGGCAGAAGACUGUAUGAAGCACUACCAGGGCACAGUGGACAAACUCUGCCGUGUGGAACAGGAUUUGGCCAUGGGUGCAGAUGCAGAAGGAGAGAAGCUCAAAGAUCCCAUGAGAGCGAUUGUGCCAAUUCUUCUGGACUCUAACAUCACGAUCUUUGACAAGAUCCGUAUCAUUCUUCUCUACAUCUUUCUCAAAAAUGGUGUGACCGAGGAGAACCUUUGUAAACUCCUUCAGCAUGCGCAGAUCCCUCCAGAGGACAGUGACAUCAUCUCGAACAUGGCUCAUAUGGGAGUGCCUAUAAUCUCAGAACAAUCCACAACCCGAAAGAAGAAAGCUGAUCGCAAGGAGCGAAUCAGCGAGCAGACCUACCAGCUCUCCAGAUGGACUCCUCUAGUGAAAGAUAUCAUGGAGGAUGCUAUCGAAGACAAACUGGAUCCGAAGCAAUAUCCAUAUAUUUCUACACGCACAGCCUCAUGCAAAACCACAACAGCUACCAGUGCACGUUAUGGAAACUGGCACAAGAAUAAAAGCCCAGGAGAAAUGCGAACAGGUCCUCGGGUCAUCGUCUUCAUCAUUGGAGGCAUGACCUACAGCGAAAUGCGCAGUGCCUAUGAGGUCACACAAGCCAACGGCAAAUGGGAGGCUCUUAUUGGUUCUACGCACACCAUCACCCCCAAUAAGUUCUUAAAGGACCUGCAGCACCCGGACUUCCUGGACCCUAACACAGCUCCAGAGGACAAGGUUACUGCUGAAGACUCAGAUACAUCAUAAGCCAAAUGUCUGCCCCUCAGAAGCAGUGGAGUGUGUGACGCUAAUGCCAUUGAUGAAAGUAUUAGCAUGAAAUUUUAAGAUUUGGAAGCUUGUGUUUGAGGCAAAUUUUACAUGCAAGUAAAGAAUCCUGAAUAGACUACAUAGACAAAAGCAUAGUUGCAUCACACUCCAGUAAUUCUGUUCAGUCAGCUAAAACAUUAAAGAAGUGUAAAUCAUUAUUGCAUGUCUUUCUUUUAAAAAACAUUAUUACAUAGUCAGCUAAAUGUGAUUAAUGAUGUAUUUAUCUCAAAACAGCUAAUUGUUUAGUAAAUGUUGCAGAUUUAACAAGCAAAUAUAGCUGUAUGUUGAUUGAUUUAAGGCGAACACUCAUAUAUACUGUAUAAUUAAAAAAAAAAAAUACUAUUUUGUUUUCUGUUGAUGCUCUGUACAGCCAUGUACUGAAUUUGGUGUUAAGGGUUGAACGCAACAUUCACCUCAGUGCACCUCAACAUAAUCAACAUAAAAGUAAAUGAAAAUGUAAAUUAAAUAAUACAAAUAUAAAAGCCCACACAGCAUGAAUAGACAUUAGAAAGGGUGGAUAAAAAUACUCCAACACGCACCACCACUAUGUCAGUGGACAACAGGUAUAAUGUCCAAUCUAUAGACUAACUCCCUGCUCAGGACGUACCCUAAAUAAUAAAUAAUCUUAUAUUCAUGUUAAUUAAAAUAUUUCACAGUCAUUUCAGUUUAGAAUAAAAUACAACAUCUGCUCAAAAUGGUGAUUUUUUUAAAUUUCUUUUAUUUUUGGAUAGAUUUGGUUUUUUAGAACACCAAAGAGCUGUUUCUAUUCCUGCUUGCUCUGAUUAUCAGGUCUGACUUCAAAAUCCUUGAUGUAUUAUGUAUUUAAAGAUAGCGAGCUGCAAAUACUCAAUCGUUCAAUCAUGCUUAAUAUUUUAAUAACUCAACCUCGCACCCUCCUGCUGGAGGUUUAUAUCUAAUCAUUUAAUAAAGCGAUCUGUAAUAUGGCUAGGUAUGUAAAAAAAAAAAAAGAGCUCUUAAAGAUAAACAGAUGAGUUUAGCUCUGGCAAUUGAUGUUUGCUUAAAGUUGCGUAACUGUAGCAUGAAUCAGCACUACCUCCACUUUUAUCAAAUAGGACAAUUCAGCUAGACACAGUAUAACUGUGAUGAGGUGAGCAACUGUGGGUCAGUGAGGUACUGAGUAGAUGAGUAACACAAAUACAGUGGAUGUUUAGCUCUGUCAAAUUAUGUAGGUUAUAGAAUAGUUUGGAAUUAAAAUGACAUGAGCCAGAAUAUAUAUAAAAAAAAAAAUGUAAAAAACAUAAAAACUAUUAGGGAACUCACAUUUGUAACAAUAUAUGAUUUAAAGUAAUAUUAACAGAAUUGUAUUAUUAGUUCCUAGAAUACAUCUUAAGUUAUUUUAAAAGUGUAUCUUAUUUCUUUUAUUACCAUGUUUCAGAUUCAGGAUUGUGAUCACGUGGUUUCCAGUUACUGUCUUGUAUAUUUUGUGACGCUAUUAAAUAAUUGUGUUUCUAUAGUCUGUGUAAAUUCUAACACAUUAUUCAUAAUCUGUGAUUGUGUUUUGUGAACGCUUGCUUCAUAUUUGCUCAAGUAUUGCUUUCUUCCUCAAAUGUUUGUCACAUGAUCUAUUCUCCCACUUCUGUUGAUAUUGUAAGUAUUCUUUUUUUUUGCCCAAAAAUGUGCAUAGUGGGUUCAAGUGCACAUUUUAUCUGUAGACAAAUACAGUUUAGUCUUCUGUAAGCAAUGUGGUAAUUAUACAUACUAAUAAAAGAUGCGUGUCUGUGUGGA